UGGAAACUCGAUCUUACACAAACCGCACCCAUAACAAUUUCCCCUCUAAAAUUUUUGCUAGGGCUGGUCUUAGGGCGUAGGGUGCUACCACCGGUCCUUUCACAUUCUGUCCGAAAUCCUUGGCAAGCAACCAUGCUCCGUCCCUCGAUUUCUUGCCUGAUGCGAUGGUUUAUUAGGGCUACAACCUUAAAUAAUUUUCUCAUUUCUAUGUAUUUCCUUCAUGUAUUUCACCUUUAUCUCUCUACACAUUUGCUCCCUCCCCCUCCAUAAAUUCUGGCUCUUAAUCCCCAGGAAGACCAACCCGUUCUCGCUCUGCUAUCAGAGAGAAGAGUGUAGCAGUAAGCCCACCCAGAAAUCAUCACCAAUCGAUCAGGAUGAGUGCCUUGGUCGACCCCUCUUACAUCCAACCGGAGCAGUACCGGGUCAAGCCCGGUUCUGUUCCGGUGGUCCGGUGGGCGAGAACACCCCGGUGAUUGAUUUCACUCCCCUCUCAGCCGAAAAGUCGACCCUGCCAUGAAGGCUAAGCUCGCCAAAGAGGUGGGCGCAGCUUUCAGAGACUGGGGCUUCUUCCACUGCAUCAACCACUGCAUCCCCAAAAAGCUGACGGACACAGUGACUGAGAAUCUGAAACUCUUCUUUCACCAACCAUUGGAGGAGAAGAUGAAGGUGCAGCUCGACUUGACUCACCCCGUCAGUUACAAUAACAAUUAUUUCACCAGCAAUGUGAGGGAUUGGGUCGAGAUAUACGACUACAUCCUCAAAGAUAAGAUCGAGGUGCCUGUAACGCAUGAACAGGAGGAUACCAUGAUUAUGCAGUUGCACAACCACAGGCCCGCCUACCCGCCGGGCUUCCAGGAAUUGCUGGAUGAGUAAGGGGUAUGGAUGGCUAAAUUAUCGUUUGAGAUAUUGGAGCUGACGGCCCUGAGCUUGAGCUUACCUGCGAAUAGGUUCAGGCCCAUGUUCGCGGACCAUGCAACUAUUAACAGGGUAAACCACUAUGAGCCAUGCCCUGCCCCUGACAUGGUGCUGGGAAAGGGGUGGCAGGCCGAUAUCAGUGCUCUCACUCUGCUGUCCCAGGGCCAGCCCAGUGGGAUCAAGAUCAGGGGCCAGGACAAUGACUGGAUCAAGGCCAAGUUCAUUCCCCACUCCUUUACUAUCCAGAUUGGUGACCUCAUGGAGGGGUACACAUACGGGCUGUACAAGAGUGUAGAGAACAGGGUGGUGGUGAGUGGAGAGAAGGAGAUGUAUUCAGUAGCGCUGGCGUUUGUGCCGGCCAUCCUUUGCCUGAGCUUGUUAACGAGCAGAACCCAGCAAAGUACGAGCCUUUCAACUAUGGCAAGUUUUAUAGGGUGAGGAGGCUCAGCAACUGGGUGAAUUUGGCGAGUGAGAAUGACAUUGUCACCAUUCACACCUUCAAGAAGCCUACUACUCAAACUCCCACUGCUGCUACUACUGCUACUGUUGCUGCUUAAAUCUUUUCACCUCAAGCCACCCUAUUUUCUCCCUCAUCUCUUAAAAUUUGCUUUAAAGAUUUGAGCCUUCUUUCUCUCUCUUAAUGUUGUCAUUAUGUCUCUUAAUGUUGUGCUUAUGUCUCUUAUUGUUGUGUCACUCCUGUAAUCUAGAUGUUGAGAAAUGAGUUUGGGUAGCAAUAAAUGAGCUUUCCGUUUACACUUC